CGCUUAAAAAUAGAUGGAACAGUGAAUGAUUUACAAAGCCGCUGCGUUCCUUAUUGGACCCGUCCAGUUCGAUCGAUUCGUCCACGCUACCUUGUUUCUUUGCGCCAUGGAGGCCACGAGGAAGCCCGCGGUGUGCCGUGCCCUUCUUGUGCUGCUCAUCGUCGUCUCCAGCGCGGCGGUGUCGACUGCCCAGGACGAGAGCUGCUGGAAGGACGACGACCACCACCCUAUCUGCUUGCCCGAGGACUGCGUGGCGACCUGCCGGGAUCACGGCCACGCGGACGGCCGCUGCAGCUGGGCAUGGUCGUGGAGGCCGUAUUGCCAGUGCUUGCUGGCGGACUGCCAAUAGACGCGAAAGGCUGCGUUGCAUGGCGUUCUGGCUGCCUCGCCGUCGCCGGCAGACGAAGGAUAAACGUACGGUUUGCGGCCUCACGACGUCGCGACGAGCCGCCUGAACCCAUCGAUCUGUGCGUUGGCGGUGUCGACCACUCUUUGUUUUGCCCCCUUUUGGCCCUGUGCGGUAUCAUUGUCAUGCCACCUGUGGGCAUCCAUCAGAGAAUUCACAGGCACGUACGUACAGUACCAAUAGAUGCUUCUCUUCCCUGUUCAGUUCAGGUGUCGACGCUAGUGUUCAUGGAUUUUCAGCUACUGUAAGUUUUCAUGGAUUCACAGGCGGCCGCUCUUGCUUGUAAUAAGUUUUCAGCUACUGAUGCUAGUUAAUUAAUUAGUAUCCAUGGAUUUGUUCCGAUCAA